AUGACAACUAAAAGACUAGCAUGUCAAAACUGUAGGCAGAAGAGGAAAAAAUGCGACCUUGAGCUUCCCUGUUCCAGAUGUACAAGACUUAAGGUAGAAUGUAUCCCUACGGUGCAAGACAUGAGGAAAGAAAAGGCUACUAAUACUUACAGGAAACGAUUAGAAGAUCAUGUUGCGUAUCUCGAAGGACUUUUGAAUGAAAAGCAGGCUGCUUUGCUCCAUGUAACCCCUCAAGGAAAAAAAUUGGAUGAACUACAUAAGGACACUGAUAUUCGUCAAAGUGUAGUUCUUUUCUUCAAAUGGCUGUAUCCGAACCAAUUCGUAUUCAUCUUUAGAGAGGCCUUUUUAGUUGCAUUUUUGCGAGAACAGCAAGAGGGUCAUGAGUACAUCUCGGAAGAACUGGUAUAUGCCGUAGCCGCCUUAGGAGCAAGCCUUAAUAAACGUUCAGAUCCCCUCUAUGCGCGGGCGCAAGAAUACUAUCAAUUGGCAAAGGAUAAAACAUUAGCUAAAGUUUUUCAGCAAGAAGAUAAUGAUAAAUCUUCUCUGCCUAAAUUAGUCCUCAUUCAGACUCUGCUUUGCCUGGCAUUUUAUGAAAUUAGAGUUGGUAAUAACGAAUUAGCGUGGUAUUUCUCGGGAUUAGCGUUUAGAAUAGUGCAUGAAAUUGGGCUUCAUUUACAUUCUAGCUCUUGGAGUAUCAACAAAGAGGAACAUGAACAGAGAACUAGUGAAAAUUUAUCUCAAUACGAUACAGAAGUAAGAAGUAGAAUUUAUUGGGGGUGUUAUUUGGCAGAUCAUCUGAUAUCACAAUUAUUCGGUAGAGUCUCCACUUUAAGUCUUUCUAAUUCAACGGUUCCUGAAACUGACGAAUUACCGAGCACUGCAGCUGAUAUCAAGGAAUUCGUUCUUUGUAAACAGGCUGAGUGUCCGCAAGUAGCAAACCCCGUGAAAUCUUUAAUCGUCCUCUCUAGAAUUACUUCAUGGUUUGUGAAUAAGAUAUUUAUCCAGUCCUACAUUUUGGAAGAACGAAUGGAAAAUUUAGCCAAAUUUAACGCAGAAAUGGUGAAUUGGAAAACUUCCCUGUCGCAAGAAUUACAAUGGUCACGAGAAAGCCUGUUGGCAGAUUCCUUUUAUGAUCCAACAAUAUGUUAUGUUUGGUAUCACUAUUACAUGGCAUUGUUGUCAUACAACAAGCCGUUUGUCUCUCAAAGUGUAAAGAGUCGCCAAUUGAUUGAAGAAUCGAUUCAAGAUCUCUACUUGAUUCUUAAGAAUUGGGAGGCCUCUUGGGGCGGUUACGAAAAAUGUAACCUAUAUACAGUUUACACCGCCAUUCUAGCCAUCCAAUGUUAUGAGACUGGAAACAUUAGCAGAGCUCAUUAUGACGAUUUCCGUGCAUUCCUUAAUUCCCCUUCGUUAAAUUUUAAACUCCCCAUAUCCGUUCCAAAAGUUCAAGAAAAUAAUAAUCCCAUGGAAUCUCUUAGUCUCUCCAACUUCUUUGAUACUUACAAUCCCGAUUUCUCUUUGCUCAAUGAGAUCAAUUCUUUGCUGGACAUCGAUAAUACACAUUUCCUCUAG